AUGAAGUUCAUCACCGGCCUUUCCUACAUCGCCGCUCUUGCGAGCGCCGCUGUUGUCGACCUUAACAAGCGCGACAGCCCGCUCGACGUCAAGAUCGAGGCUGUCGGUAACUCUGGCGUCAAGGCCAGCAUUACCAACACGGGUGCUACCGACUUGAAGGUCUUCAAGACUGGUUCCAUUCUUGACAAGCUUGCCGUCGAGAAGGCUGAGGUCUUUACUGGCUCCGAGCAGGUUGCCUUUGACGGUAUCCGCCUCCGUCUUCAGACCACAGGUCUUGCUGAAGAGGCCUUUGAGACUAUCCCCGCCGGCCAGACCAUCUCCGUUGAGUGGGAUGUGGCUGAGGUUCACGAUCUCUCCGCCGGUGGCAAGUUUGAUGUCGCCGCCAAGGGCUCUUUCUCCUACGCUGAGACUGACAGCACCGACAUUGCUGGUGUUGCCUCCUUCGCAUCCAACGUUCUGAGCGUUGAUGUCGACGGUGCCGCUGCCGCCAAGGUUCGCCGUGAUUUCCACGAGAACGUCAAGCGUACCACCGUCCAGAGUGACUGCACUGGCACCAGACGCACUGCUACCGUCAACGCCCUCAGCAACUGCCGCGCCCUCGCUGCUGCGGCCUCUUCCGCUGCUGUCUCCGGCCCUGCUGCUAAGAUGACUGAGUACUUCAAGUCCAGCAGCACCGCCACCCGUAAUACCGUCGCUGGUGUUUUCGCCAAGGUUGCGAGCGAGUGCGGCUCCACCACCUCUGGUGUCUCCCGCCAGUACUGCACUGACAUUUACCCUGCCUGCUCUUCUGGUGUCAUUGCCUACACUAGCUACAUGGUCAACUGCCCGACCUUCUUCACCAUGACUGCCCUCUCCCGCACUUGCCACGCUCAGGACCAGGCCACUACCGCUGUCCACGAGGUCACCCACUUGAGCCAGAUCAAGGGAACCACCGACCAGUCGUCUUGCUACGGAUACUCUUGCGUCCAGAGCCUGUCUGCUGCCCAGAACCUCAACCACGCCGACACCUACUCCCUCUUCGCCAACGACAAGUUUCGAUAUUCUCACAUCCACGGCAAGGAUUUAAAGACCAACAAGCCGCUGGGAGCCGACGACAUCCUCACCCUCGCCUCGGUCACCAAGCUCUUGACCACGAUUGCGGCACUGCAACUCGUCGAGCGCGGCAUUCUAUCCCUUGACGAAGACGUAUCAAAACACGUCCCCGCCUUGGAUCAAAAACCAAUCUUGGUCGGCUUCGAAGCUUCCGGCGCACCCGUUGAAGUCCCGCGCAAGAACCCAAUUACACUUCGCCGUCUGCUCACCCACAGCGCCGGAAACAGCUAUGACUUCCUCGAUGGGGCUACGAGAGAGUGGCAGUCUUACCACGGGAUCAAACCCACCCGCGGCGCCACGGUCGAAGAACGUUUCAAGUAUCCAUUGAUUUACGAGCCUGGGGAGAGCUGGGCGUACAGUUCGAGCUCGGACUGGGCUGGCAAGGUAAUUGAGGCCGUCACGGGAAAGAGCCUCGAAGAGUACAUGAGAGAAAACAUUUGGGCGCCGCUUGGAGCAUCCAGUUUUACCUUUGACGUGGAGAAGGUGAGGCCGAGAUUAUGGGGUAUGAACACGCGCGACAAGAACACGGGCAAGAUCACCCUGCACAAGGGCAGAGAACUCAACCACGGAGUUACGGAUUGUCUCGGCGGACAGGGGGUGUACGGCUCUGCGCCUGACGUUAUGCGCGUGCUGGAGUCGCUGCUCCUGGACGACGGCAAGUUGCUCACGUCGGCGACGACGGCGGAGAUGCUCAAGCCUCAACUUUCGCAAAAGGCGGCGAAGAGUCUCCUGGAGGCGAUGGAGACUCCCGAGUGGGCCGUUGGACAUUUCCCAGAUACCGGGGAGUAUGAUUGGGGCCUUGGAGGGUUGCUUGUGGACGGGGACAAGCAUCCUAAUCGGAGCCGCGGGACGUUGAUGUGGAGUGGCGCGUCUAAUGUUUUUUGGUGGAUUGACCGUCAAGCUGGGCUGUGUGGCUUUUUCGUCACUCAGAUGUUGCCGGCCGCUGAAGAGGGUGUUCGACCUUUUAUUAAAGCAUUUGAGGAUGAAAUGUAUGCCCGUUUGAGGAAGGAGAAACCCCGGGCGGCGCUGUAG